AGAUAAAUUUUCAUUAGCUUACUGAAAAAAAAGCAGUGUCUCAUACGUGUCAAAAAGGAAGAAACUAGAAAACUCUUUUCCUGUAUCUGCCCAUAACCGAAACAGCUAGUGUUGGUUCUAGAAACCGCUGAAACCUUCUUCUAAUCACAAUUGAAAUUCAAUAUUUUCAAAUUGAAUCCCGUCGUUCUUCUGAGCGUUUGCAUCUCUCUCUCUUUUUUCUCCACUGUGUGUGUGCGUGUGUGAAGGAGGAGGAGGAAUCAAAAGAUGGCAGCAUACAGGUGGAAGAGUUUCAAUGAUGAUGGAGAUCGUCCUGAAAAACCUCGUCGUUAUGGCGUUACAGAAAUGAAGAGUCCCCACUAUUCCCUUUUCUCCAGAGGCCUUAUUGAGGAUGUUUUUGAGAGUAUGGGUCAGUUUGUUGAUGGGCUGAAAUUAUGUGAUGGAUCUCACACUUUGGUGCCAAAGACUUACCUUAAAGAAGUGACUGAUAUAGCACAUAAACACAAUGUUUAUGUAAGUUCUGGUGAUUGGGCAGAUCAAAUGCUUCGCCAAGGUCCUUCUGCUUUUAAAGAAUAUAUAGAGGAAUGUAAGCAAUUGGGGUUUGAUACAAUUGAGCUUGAUGUUGCAUCACUUGGUCUACCUGAGGAGACCCUCUUGAGAUAUGUGCGGCUGAUUAAGAGCGGUGGGCUCAGAGCUAAGCCUCAGUUCUCUGUUAAGUUUAAUAAGUCUGAUAUAGCCUUCACAGGCGACAGAGCUUUUGGGGCUUAUGUGAUUCCUCCACCUCAAACCUCUGAGAUGGUUGAAGAUGUGGAUCUUUUAGUGAGAAGGGCAGAGAGAUGCUUAGAAGCUGGGGCAGACAUGAUAAUGAUCAAUGCUGAUGAUUUGUGUAGGCAGGCUGAUUUACUCAGAUCAGAUAUGGUUGCGAAGAUUGUGGGCCGUCUUGGACUUGAGAAAACUAUGUUUGAGGCAUCAAAUCCUAAAAUCUCUGAGUGGUUUGUUAAACGUUAUGGUCCAAAGGUUAAUCUUUUCGUGGAUCACUCGCAAGUGAUGGAUCUGGAAUGCCUUAGAGGACGUAACCUGGGUCAAAAUAACGCAUCUGUACUUGGCAGGUCAUAUUUUCUGCUCUGAUUUUGUGGUGUCCAUAGAGAAAAAUGUUCACAUUGCAUGUAGCCAACAACUUAUCUCUGUAAUGCUUUGCUGGUCAUGUUCAGAUCGUGUUUGAACUUUAAAUGGGAAAAAAAAUGUAUUUCAUGUAUGUACUAUAAUAAUUUCAGUCUUUUCAGAGUCUGCUCUCUUUUUGCUUGAAGUUCAGGUGGGUGUAAAGAUGCUGUUUUAUGUUCUAGUGCCUAAAUGGCUGCCCGGUCACAAAUCUUUGAAAGAUUGAGGAUCUAUGCUUUUGUA